ACAAAGACGAGAGCUGGAAGUCACUGUAGUUAUGGGGGUUGCUAAGUAAGGCCUGUGUUGUAGAAACAGCCUAGUUUCAGCUGCUGCACUUUCAUUAUGGUGCUCUUUAUCUUUCCCAAUCUUACCACUGAUUAUAUUUAUAAAUCCCAAAUAUAAUGCAGAGCUCUAAGGAACCGCAGGUCCUUCCUGACACUACACAGGUAUGCUGUGAGUAGAGAGUGUGUACAGUAGGCUGGUGUUGGUAGAAGCUGACUUCUUUUGAGAAUUUUCUUUAAUGAAUUCUUUAAGAUAGCUGGAUUGUAAAGUUGUUUCUAGAUCAGCAGUUAAUUUCUACAUGGAGAAGGCAAACACACUGGUGUUUGUUUGCAAGGGCUGGGCUGUUUUAUUUACAGGGAAUACUCUGUGUUGCCAUAUGACAUCAUAAAACUUACUAGAGGACUAAAUAUAUGACUGUAUUUGCUAUAAAGGUGGACUAUGUUUGAGUAGUCACUGAAUAUGUUUUACAGGCCCUUCACAAGAGCUGUAAGUAUGAGUGACGCUGGGGAAAAAUACUUUUAUUCAAAAUGUAAAAUGGUUUUACAUGAUUAGAUUAAUUACUGUAUGCUAAGAAAGCUAUAUACAAGUGGUUAUAUUUGUAUGGUCAUAUUCUAUAAAUGUAUAUCUUUCCAGAUUUCCUUCAUGACAAAGUGUAAAUUACAGAUUUUCUACAUAAUAAUGUCUUCCUUAAAUGUGGUGAUGUUUGAGGGUCUGCUUGCUCUCUGUGGUUCUGUCCAGCUCCAGAGGGAUGGAUAUGAUUUACCAGCAUACGAUGCCCUUGCCAAGAUCCUCCUAGAAUAUCAGCACAUCUUCAAAAUACCCAAAGCUCCUCAACAAAGCAAAGGAGAACCAAAAGAACAGAAGAAGUCCAUAAGGCCCUCAGAGCUUAACCAAACAUUUGAAAUCAGUUCUCUACACGAGAGACCCCCAGUGCCUAAGGUUCAGGAUGAUGAUCCACAUGUUGCAGAGAUUACUGAACAUCAGACAAAAGAGCUGGAGAACUAUCGUUCUGCCAUGUGUAAGAUGGCAGAGGACAUCCUCACUCUGCGCACUCAAGUGGCCAGUCUGGAGGAGCAGAACAGUCAACUUCGCAGUGAGCUCUCUAUGAACCAUGAACUGGGGCGCACGCUGCUAGAUGACACUGACAUUGACGUCAUGACCAAGGCUGAGAUUACGGACAGAAUAGUUUCUCUGAAGUGCAAGCUGGCUAGUGAGAGCAGUAAGGCAGCAGAUCAGAGGGAUAAGGUCCAGCAGCUUCAGAAUGAGCUCAUCAGGAAGAAUGACAGUGAGAAGGAGCUGGUGCAGCUACAGCGAGCGCACCAACAGCAAAAGGUUGUGCUGCAGCGCUACCAAGGACAGAUCAAGAAACUCUCAAGUCUGGAGGCUACAGUACGCCAACAGGAGAAGGUUAUUGAAAAGAUGGAGAAGGUGCUGACCACAAAGCUGAGAGAGAGAAAUAAAGAAAAUGCAGAGAAGAAGAAGACGGUCGUAAAAGAAAAAGAUACUGAGGAGAGCAGAACGAGAGAGAUUGAGUCUAUACUGGCUGCAGAAAACUCUCGCCUAAGAUCAGAGCUGGAAAGACUUCGACAACAGCCACAGCCUAUUAUCAUACAACAACCUGCACAGGUGCACCUCACAACACACACUCAUAGUUUUCACUCUCUCAGACACUCCAACACACUUUAGUCUGUGACAAUAUCAGAACUUUGACUUUGAUACCAUUACCAUGUGCAGUAUAGAGAUUCUCCAUAACAAAAUGACACUUUGGCCCAAAAUGAUUUAAUAAAUAAAGUACACAGACAUACACACUGAAGUCAAGGAACACUGUUCAGAUUGUACAUUCAGAUUAGUU